UACGUCAUUCUACAGUGCGACGUGCGUGAAGCGGGUCGCUCUCUCCUCUUUCGGUCGUCCGAUCGAAAACGAAUGUAAUAAUAUCAAACACGCGCGAGAAAAACAAUAAUAUUGGUAUUGUAAAGAGCAUACGUCUAUGUGCAGUGUUAUUCGCGUGACAACCGUUCGUGCCGUUCUCUCGACCGCGCCGCGAAAAUCCGCAAAAUCCUUCCGCGGGAACGUUGCAAACCCACGGUUUACUUAAGGUAAGGCAGAAAUACGUAAUCGUGAUACGUACCAUGGUGGACAUCAAGAGGGUUUUCGUGACGGGCGGCGCAGGAUACAUCGGCAGCCAUUGCGUACUGUCGCUGCUGGAAGCCGGCUACGAUGUGGUGGCAAUCGACAACUUCGCAAACAGCGUCGGCAAGGAGCACACCGCCGCUAGCUUGGACCGGGUUCGCUGUAUCACCGGCAAGGAGAUCACUUUCUACAAGUGCGACCUGUUGGACGUCCAGCAGCUCGGCGACAUUUUUGACAAACAUACAUUCGACUGUGUUAUACACUUUGCUGCAGUGAAAUCGGUCGGUGAAUCAAUGAAACAACCACUUAUGUAUUACAAGAAUAACAUAAUAGGCGCAAUGAAUCUUCUGGAAGUGAUGGCCUCUCACGGGUGUUACCAGCUAGUGUUCUCUAGCUCCUGUACCGUUUACGGGAACCCGUCGUUUUUGCCCAUAACUGAAAGUCAUCCAAUUGGCAACGUCACUAAUGUGUAUGGCCGCACGAAAUAUUUCAUCGAAGAAAUACUUAAAGAUGUCGUUAACUCAGAACAAAAAUGGAACAUCGUGAGCCUGAGGUACUUUAAUCCAGUAGGAGCUCAUUCGUCGGGAUUGAUCGGAGAAGGCCCAACGACAAACUUUUCAAACUUAAUGCCAUACAUAGCGCAAGUAGCGUUGGGCAAGAAACCCAAGCUGUCAAUCUACGGUGGAGAUUAUGCAACCCCUGACGGCACCGGUAUAAGAGAUUAUGUUCAUGUAAUGGACUUGGCCGAAGGACAUGUGGCAGCUUUAAAAAAAUUACAAUCAAAGCAUGCACAUUUACAGGUUUAUAACUUAGGAAGUGGACAAGGAACUUCUGUAUUGGAUUUUGUAAAAACCUUUGAAAAAGUAACAGGUGUCAAAGUACCAUAUACAAUUGAAGCACGCCGUGAAGGUGACAUAGAAACAAUGUAUGCCAAUUGUGAUCUUGCAAAAUUUGAUCUUGGUUGGACAGCUAAAUAUACCUUAGAAGAUAUGUGCAAAGACUUUUGGAAAUGGCAAACCAUGAAUCCAAAUGGUUACAAGUCAAAUGAUAUAGCAAGUAUGAAUGGUAAAACAAAAGGACAUUAAAUUACCUUUAGUGUUUAGAAUGAUAGUCAGUGUAAUAUGAUUUUUUUUUUGUUUGCCCAUACUAAUAAAAAUUUGUCAUUUUUAAAUGCA